GGAAAACCGAAAAUCAACACAAAAACUGCUGCCUCAUGAAAUAUCCUCCCCAUUUGCUAAUUUACACUAGUCAUGGACCAAAAAGCAAGAAAAACAAUCCAGAAACUCAUAUUGAAACUAGACAAUUCUUCAGAGAAAGAUACAUUCAACUGUCUAGUAGAAAUCCGUAAAAAUGUGCUGAAAACCAAAGAAGGGAUAAGCUAUCUGUUGAAAAACGGAGGUAUCCCGAAGAUUUUACAAAUAUUACAGAAAAGUGAUACCGAUAGCAAGAGUGUAGAUGUCAUUUUAAGUACACUGGGAAAUUUAUGUAUGGACAAUGAUGCCAGAAAUAUGGUAAGAAGAUCAAAUGGCAUAGAAAUAAUAGCACAUGCUUUCAGUGAAUCAAAGACAGAAAGUAUACAAAACAGAUGUUCUAGGACCCUGGCAAAUUUAGCUUUAACAAAGGAAAAUAUUGGUAUCAUUCUCAAAGCAGAUGUUGCAGAAACCCUGGGAAAACUACUGGAAUCUACAAAAAACAAAGAAAAUAUUCUGACAUAUAGCAGAACAGUAAGGUUGCUUGUUAGUCACAACAGACAGAUGGAAAAACUUCUAUUAGAAGAUGUUGUCCGAUAUCUAGCAAAACACCUCAGUGAAUCAGAGGAAGAAGUUAAGCUUUCUAUAUUAAGAACUAUUCAUGAGAUUUCUGCUGUAAGCUGUUCUGUAGGUUUUGCCAGUCAGAUUGUUAGUUCUGGUGCCCUGUCAGAAAUACUGUCCCUAAUGCUUCACAGUGAUAGUAAUGUAGUUAACCAGUCCAUUACAGUGAUAAAUAGACUAUCAAACCAGCCUAAUUUUAGAGCCGGUUUGGGAUCAGCUGGAGGAAUAAAAAUAAUUCUUGAUAUUUUUCAUGAUAAAGAAAAUUGUAUUGACAAAACCACAUUGCUAAAUAUUCUUUGCAUUUGUUGCAAAGAUGGUGUCAACAGAAUUAAAAUUCGUGACAAUGAAAUUUUGCAAUUAUUUUUGGAAUGUCUUCAAAAGGAUGAAUACCAUGUGCUAUAUGAUAAAGUCAUCAGUGCUUUACAAUGCUUUCUAUAUGACGAUCCAAGUAUUACAGUUUUACUGGAACAUGGUUUGAUUAAAGUUCUGGUCAGUCAUUUGCAAAGAAUUGCCAAGUUUGAAAGUGUCGUCUGCCAAGCAGAAGAUCUGAUUCCAACUUUUAUCACUAAAGACAAAAUGAAUGACGAAAUUUUAAAAGAGCAAGAAAUGUUUAAGAAAUUGUAUCAGUUUCCACAUCAAGUUGAUUCCAGAUGCAAUGGAAAUGAAAUAGAAAAGAAAACAAUGGUUCAGUUAGACAAGGUGGAGGAAAAAAAAGAAAAACGUAAAUCUGUUGUUUACAGCAUUGACAGUCCAUCCUACAUUCCACAUUCCUCAUGGGAUAUUGACAAAUAUACCAAAGGUGAAAAAUGUAAACAGGUUUUUGUGAAGAAUGAUACAGAAUCUUCAGAAUAUAGUCCCAUUAGUACUGUUUCAUAUUAUUCACCAAAAAGUUACUCUGAAAGUACCGGAGAAAGUCCCACAAAUUCUAGUCAGUAUUCUUUAAGUCCAUCCAAAUCCUUGUUCAAUAGUCCUGGUUGUUCAUCAUGGAGUGUUGGUGAAAGUACUCCAGAAAAUUGGUUUUCUGUUUCAACUGUUAAUAAAGAUCCAAACUAUGGCAUGGUUUGUAGUAUUCCAUACUCCUGUGGAAGUCCAGAAAAAUGUGAAAGUCCUAUGGAGUCAUCACCUAUACCAUUUCACCAAGAUGAGGCAGAAUUUUCAAGUUGUGAAUCUGAGGAUGAUGAAAUAGAAGAUGAGGAUUCUAAAGAUAGAAAUGACAAAUCAGAGGACAGACAAUGCAAUGUUCUGUUAUCAGACAAUAUCACACAAAAAAAGAUGGAAGAGACUUUAGAUAUGAAUGAAAUCAAACACACUGUUGAUAAAAUUGAUCAAAAAUUAGAGAAGCUAAAAAGGGAGACAACUAUGAAACAAAUGACAGAUGGAGGUAGUAUAAGCCAUACAAAUACAAAGGAUUCUGAAACAGGGACAAAAAGGACUAAGAUGGCAGAUGAUGAAAGUGACAUUGAUAUAGAAAACCCUUCAAAAAGAAGGAAACUUGUAACGUUUGAGGCUGAUCAGAGAUCGUCCAGACAUGUUAAAGAAACUGAAAAUCAAAUAUUGAUAUUGUUGUCACGUGUAUCACAAAUGAAUGAUCCUAGUCAACACAUGGUUACCAUAGAAACUGUCUGCUGCUUAUUAGAUUAUUUACACAAGGUUGAUGAUUCACAACCAAGAGUAGCCAGAAUUCUCUCCAGACUUGCCAAAAACCCUUUGUGCUUUGAGAAAUUACUGAAAAUGAAAUUUAUUAUGUUGAUUUAUUACAAGUUAUGCCUGUACAAAUAUGAAGAUGAAAUAAAUAAGCUCUCUAAAACUGAAAACUGCAUUCUUCAAACAUCAAACAUAAAGAGAUGUACUGACAGAAGAAAAUCGUCAGGAUCUGAUCACCAUGGCUACAGAAAUAAUUCACAGUAUUCUUUUCUUGAUACACUAACUAAACUUUCCACCUCUGAAAACAUUUCAAGUAAUAAAAAUGAAAGGAAAAGUUCUGUUGCUGACAGAGAAAAAAAUACCAUGACAUCAACUGAGGAAAAGUCCUAUUUUAAUGCACAAGUUGGAUUGACUUUAUUACAAGAUCUGUGUAUCCAGGCAGACAGUCAUUUUGGUAGAGGUGAAGUUGAAAGUUUGGUGUACAGACAUCCAGACAUAAUUAGAGAAUGGUUAGCUGUAGAUGUGCUGUAUAUUUUAUGGUUGAGAGGCAUGCAUGGACACUACUUCCGACGAAUGCAUUUUUUGACGAAAAUUUUUGAUAUUCUACAGAAUAAAACAGUUAAUACUCCUAAAUGCCAAGCAGCACUUCAGGGUUUGGUUUUUCUGGGGAAGAUGAUCAAUUUCCAAAUGAAAUGUGAAGAUAAAAGUUUUAGAAUGGAGUAUGUUGUGCAUGAAUCGGAAGAUUGUCUAGAUAUAGUUGAUAUUGUACCUGAAUCAGAAGAUUGUCUAAAUGGGUUUGACAUGGAUAUUAGCAAGGAAUUUGAGGCAUGUAAAUUUGAUGGCGCUGAGGUGUCACACGAAGUUGUAUUUUUAGUUGAAAACCAGAAACUGAUAUGCUGUAGAAACUUACUGUCAGAAUCAUCACCAUUGUUUACUGCUAUGCUUCAUGGGAAAUUUUCAGAGGCCAAUAAAAACGAAAUUGUGAUAGAAGAUACGACAUUUUACGCCUUCCGUUAUUUGAUACAUUACUUGUAUAAAUGUACUGACAAAUGUCAUGUAACAGGUCACUUUUUAGUCUGUGAUAAAUCUAUAGAAAAUGUCUAUCAUUGUUUAGAAGUAUUUUCAUUGGCUAUUAAAUACCUGGUUUAUAGACUACAAACAUUCCUUCUACAAGUUAUAUCCAAGCAUUUGAUGACAGCUGAAUCCUGUUGUCAUGUCUUUGACUUUGCACUUUUGCAUGAUUUUUCUGAUUUAGCAGACGACAGUGUUAUUUGUGUGACAAAAAGGGGAAGUAAUCUGGAAAGAAUGAAAGGACUUUAUAAGUUCAUAUAUGGACAAAAUAAAGAAGCUUUUCUGGUGACUCUUAAAGAUUUAUUUACAACUUCUCUCUAAGAGUUUUCUGCAUUUAUGUAUUUGUACUAUGAAUUCAUUUAUUUUUGUGGGUACAAUUUUUGUGGUUUGAGGAAAAAUUAUUUUGUUAACAAUAUUAGUAUGAGAAAACAUUAAUGAGGUACAUGUAUUUAAAGGUUAUUUCUAAACUACAGUAUUAAAAAGGAAUUUAAUAUGUAUCUUUGCUAUUGAGUUUCUCCAACCACUGAUAUUAACACAGAAUAAAUUAUGCUUUUGAUUACAUGUACUUAAAACAAUCAAUGUUGGAGUUAAGAAAGAAAAUCCAUAUUUUGAAUUAAAAUUAAAAUACAAGUUUUAAUUAUUGUGAUUUUACUGAUGUCUCAUUGAAAUAAACUGUAAUUUCUUGAUAUAAAGUUAAGUUUGGUUAUUGAUUUUCUAGGUCUUAUUGUUAUGUUUGCACUCAUAUAUUUUUGAAUGGCCAGAAAUUCCAUAAUAGUGAUUUUAAGGGACCAAUAGAUUA